AUGCGUUUCUCUACCGCUACCGUCUUCUCUGCCCUGAUGGCCUUCGCUGCCGCCUACACCCAGCCUGACUACAACAAGGCCCCUCAGGGUAACCCCAUUUACACCCCUUCUCUUCAGGAGCAGGUUCCCAAGGGCGCUCCCUUCCAAAUCACCUGGGAUAACAACCUCGGUUCCAAGGUCUCUCUGGUCCUCCUCCGCGGCCCCAGCACCAACGUGGUGCCUUUGGAGACCAUCGUGGAGAACAUCGACAACACCGGUUCUUACACCUGGACCCCCAGCGCCAGCCUCGAGGUUGACACCACCCACUAUGGUAUUCUCCUCGUUGUUGAGGGCACUGGCGCCUACCAGUGGUCUACUCAGUUCGGUAUCUCUGCCGGUGCCGUUGUCUCCAGCUCCAGCUCCGCCGCCGCCGUGACUACCACCCAGGCCGAGACCACCGCUGCUCCUUCUUCCACCAAGGCCACUAUUGUGACCGUUAUCAACGAUGUCACCACCACCUACUGCCCCGAGGAGGCCAGCGAGACCGCUUCCGUCUCCGCUGCCACCACCGAGACUGCUGCUGCCUCUUCCUCCACCGUCUGGGCCACUUUCGAGUCGACCACCACCAUCUGCCCGGAGACUGAGACCACCGCUGCCGCCACCACUGUCCCCGUCACCGGCGCGCCCGUUCCCCCCUACUCUACCCGUGUUCCCAUCCGCUCCACCAUGCGCAGCUCUGCUGCCCCCAGCGGUGUUGCCCCCACUGCCUCCCCCACCAGCACCCCCGUCUUCAACGGUGCUGGCCGCAACGCCGUCUCCGUCGGCGCCAUUGCUGCCGCUGCCUUCGCCGUCUUCGCCCUCUAA